AUGGAGGAGGAUGCUGUUAAAAAGAUCAAAGAAGGGGACUUUGAAGGAGCUCGAAAGAUUAUUUUGGAAAUGGAAGAUGGGAUUCGUAUUGAACCAUCUCUAUAUGGCAGGAGAGUCUUGUUGGAGAAGGUGGCAAGGUUAAAGAAGAUUUAUAAUGAUCACAAUCGAGCGGAAAUUGGUACCAUUCCGUUCAGGAGCUUAACUUCAUUUGAAAGGCGAGAAAACAAGGUAGAUGGUAUCAAAGACAAGAGAUAUAUCAAAGGUUCCAGAGACGAACUUGUAACCAUUGAAGACUGUGUGGAGGUUGUCAUUGAAGACUGCACCAACGCGGUGUUUGAGCACUUUUGCUGUGAAAAGUCGGUAGUUCUUAACAAUGUUAAGGAUUGUAAAGUGUCUUGCAGUGCACAUCAGAUAAGAAUGAAUGGAUGCAGGAAUGUUGAGCUUGAGGCCUACACACUUACAGGAGUGUUUCUUCAGAACUCUACGGGAAUAGUGGUAAGAAGAUAUGGAGGUAGAAAAGACAAUAGAUUUAAGAAUGUUAAUGACUUUUCAAGUCCUUUUGAAAGUAUAAAUUAUACAGUCUUGCCCGAUGGUCUUUAA